GCGAAUUAUGACGCCAUGAGGCAUGCUAUUAAUAACCGACGCAUGCGCAGAAAAUUACCUAGUGUAUCCGUCAUUCAUGCAAGUCGAUUUCGUUGGUUCUGUGUGUUGAGCUUAGUAAAAGAACAUGGUGAUGGUGAUAUGAAACAAGUCUAUUAGCAAUACCACGCUCUACACAUAUAUACUUUCGCGAAGUAACGAUGAUAUUUGGUCACGAUCUCCCUACGUAAAACUCAAAAAGUAUCAUUUGAAUGAUUAAUUAAAAGAUGCUGACCAAAUAAUAUUUAAAAAGAAAAAUUAAUUGAUCAAGCUGACUGCUAUCGCUAAAUAAAUACUAUGGGGGCACUUUUGGACACUCCAAAAACAGAUAAAUACAAUGAACAUGGCUCUGGCAAUGGAUUACAUUAUGGUGUUGCCAGCAUGCAAGGUUGGAGAAUGGAAAUGGAAGAUGCUCAUAGAGCAAUAACUGGUUUAAAUGGUGGUCUAUCAGACUGGAGUUACUUUGCAGUAUUUGAUGGUCAUGCUGGAGCAUUAGUAUCAGCUCAUAGUGCGGAACACUUAUUAGAACGUAUCAUGCAAACGGAAGAGUUUAAAGCUGAAGAUGUACCCAAAGGAAUUCAUUCUGGAUUUCUUAGACUUGAUAAUGAAAUGAGAGAAUUACCAGAAAUGAAUUCUGGCACAGAAAAAUCUGGUUCUACAGUUGUUUGUGCAUUUAUAUCUCCCAAAAACAUAUAUAUUGCCAACUGUGGUGAUUCUCGAGCUGUACUUUGUCGAGCAGGAGAUCCAGUUUUCUCAACACGAGAUCAUAAGCCUGUUUUACCUGCUGAAAAAGAACGAAUCCAAAAUGCUGGUGGUAGUGUAAUGAUUCAAAGAGUUAAUGGAGCUUUAGCUGUGUCUCGUGCAUUGGGAGAUUAUGAGUACAAAAAUUUGAGAGAUCGAGGCCCCUGUGAACAGUUAGUGUCUCCAGAACCAGAAAUAUAUGUUCGAGAUAGAGACGAUGAACACGAUGAAUUUCUAGUUUUAGCAUGUGAUGGUAUUUGGGAUGUAAUGAACAACGAAGAUCUAUGUAAUUUUAUACAUUCAAGGCUGCUGCUUACAGAUGACCUAGAAGCAGUUACGAACCAGGUUAUAGACACCUGUCUGUAUAAGGGUAGCAGAGAUAAUAUGAGUAUAGUUUUGGUGACAUUUCCUGCUGCUCCAAAACCAAAUCCAGAAGCACAGAAAAAAGAAGCUGAGCUCGAAAUGGCCAUUGAAAGGAGAAUUAAAGAAAUAGUUGCUGAGCAAGAGGACAAAAAUGAAUUUGAUUUUUUGAAACUAUUACAACUUCUUGUGGACCAAGAAUUUCCUAAUCUUCCUCCUGGUGGUGGUCUUUCAGCUAAGUACGUAUAUUUUUGAAUUAUUAACUUUUAUUUUAUCAUACUUUCUUUUAAUUGGUUAUAAAAAAAUUAUAUUAAGGUUAGUGUUUCUAAGAUUGAAAGGAAUAUAGGAAUGUUAUAUUUGGCUUACUUCCAAACUUGAAUUUCUCUUUUAGUAUUUGCUACUUUAGAAUUUAAUCGUAAUUAUCAAGACAGAAUUAUUUACGGAGUUUAUAAAAUUUUAUUAAAACAUUAAUAAUUGAAACAAUAACUUAAAACUAAAGUAACUUAAAAAUUUUUUUUUUUUAGACAACCUUUCAUUGAACAAGUGUUUCGAGAAGUAUGUCCCAGCCGAGCGGAUAGUGUAAGUCUUGGAUACGAUUUCGCUUUGAUAUAACUAACCUUUGACUUUUUUGUAUACUGCAUCAAAUGUACAAUUGUAAUCAUUAGACAUGUUCCAUAAUCAUAUAACGAUGCAGAUGCUAUCGGAAAUAUCUUUAUUUUAUUGAUCUCUUCUUAUGUAAAAAGAGAUUCAUUUUUAACUUGCAAGAGAAGUACACUGAUAUAUUAUAAAGUAAAUCUUACCUAAACUAAGUCUGCUACUAAACAUGUGCAGAUCUUACAUUCUUGCAGUGCGUUAUUGUUGGUAAAAAUAAAUUAGAGUUUAAAACUACAUUUAAAAAUCCUGAACUAUUAUACAUUCACCCAUUCAAAAAAAUAAAUACACAAUUAAUUUUUCAAAUUUAUAAAUAAUUUUAGAUAUCCAAUGAUAAUGAGAAAUGUUGA